CCUCAUUGAUCUCCAGAAAUGCCAAGGAAGAAGAAUCUCUACGCCAGCGAGCACUUUCUCUAGAUUCAAAUAUCAAACGAAAUCGCGCCACUAUUGCUUCCUUUAUCGAUAAAGGCAUCCUUUCUCCCAAAGAAGCCGAAAAGCUUGAUGAAGAUCUUUAUCGAGCUAGCUAUGGAUUAACAGAAGGAGAUGCAGCUUCAUUUCUUCCAAGCAGAUCUCACGGUCUUAUAUAUAUAUAUAUUAUCUUCUUUUUCAUCUACUCCUCUUAAUUUUGUAUUCAUCAAUUCUUCAAUUGCUGCUGCUGCUGACUAUGUUUGAUUAUAGGUCGGUUUCUGACUAUGUUUCUUGGUCCAAUCAAUGUUCAAGCUGUAAGAAAGGAAGUUAAAUUGAAAGUUAAAGAAGAAUACAACAAAUUCAGAGAUAGAACUGCAGUUCUAUUUCUUGUAUUCCCAUCACUACUGCUUGUCUUGAGAUCAUGGGUUUGGCAUGGAUGUCUACCUGCACCCCCAGUUCAGCUUUACCAGGCAUGGUUGCUAUUUCUUUAUGCGGGUUUGGCUUUGCGAGAGAACAUAUUGAGAGUCAAUGGCAGUGAUAUUAGGCCAUGGUGGAUAUAUCAUCACUAUUUUGCUAUGGCAAUGUCACUUAUUAGCCUCACCUGGGAGAUAGACAGAGGACCUGACUGUGCUCACAAGCAGAGGGGGAUACAACUGUUUUUGCAAUGGGCUAUAAUGCAAGGAAUAGUGAUGCUUCUACAAAAUAGAUAUCAAAGGCAAAGACUUUAUACACGCAUUGCUCUUGGAAAGGCUAGGAGAAUGGAUGUUGUAUGGGGAGAAACUGCUGGUGUGAAAGGUCAACUGUGGCUUCUGGCACCUAUCUUGUUUGUAUUACAGGGAUUUGAAGCAUACGUUGGGUGUUUGCUGCUAGGAACUGCAUUAAACAGCCAUGUUUCCGAGUGGCAGGUUAUUACAUGUGGAAUUCUUCUCAUCAUUAUGGCAAUUGGGAAUUUUGUCAACACAGUGCAGACAUUAGUUGCAAAAUCUCGAUUUAAGGCCAAAAUGAAGAAGAGCAGAAGUAAACCUGACUUAAAUCAGGAGCAUCAAUCCUAACCUUUGCAACUGGGAAUAAGACCAAUCAAUCCUUCUACAAUAAUCGUUCAAAUUUCUUUCUGGAUCAAACCUCGUAAAUAUAUCCUGCUUAACAAUGGGAGAAAAAAUAAUAUUUAAUUGAAGUGACUAGCAUGGACAACAAUCAACAAAGUAUUUAUUACCACUGCUCUUAUGUAGAAUCAAUUAUGUGUUCUCUCUUUUUCUUUUAGCAAAGCAUCUGUUAGAUCUACUGUU